GAGCCCAAGAUGGGCUGCACUGCAUCCAGGCCUUCCAAUCGAAUAGUUAACUAACCAAUGUCAUGUUUUUACAUCGUUCCUAUCUGGUCGCUCUCCAUAGGCACCAGAUGAUUGUUGAGACAGCGACAGAGCUCCCAUCUCAAGUUGCCCGGCGUGUGCAUGCGUGUGCAUGAGGGUGUGUGCCUGUUUCCAGUUGACAGGACAGGAUGGUAUGCAAAAGACGGACUCGCCUCUCCCCAACGGCUUCAACCGCAGACUUCUAACUAGCCGUGAGGAUGCAGUUCAAAAAGCUGAGGGGCAGCAAGGCAGACCAGGUCCCUGUGGACGAGCCAGAAGAACUCGCGAUAGACCCAGGCGCUGUCGCAAGUCAUGCUUCCAGCGCUGCCGACCUUCGACGGGCCUCGGAGCCUGUGUUCGCCUUCAAGACAUCGCUGCAGCGCAAUGAGAGCCCUGACAGGAUCCCCCCUCCGUUUCCACGACACUUGUCCACCUCUGGGGCUUCAUUUCUCACCGUUGGCUCCCAGCCGUCCCGCAGAAACAGCGGGAAGCGAUCGGUUGACCCGCUGGGCCUAACGCUGGUGCAUGAAUGUGACAAUCCUGUUGCAGACCUCAUCUUUGUCCACGGCUUAGGAGGCUCCUCGCUGCGGACCUGGUCUUACGAUCGCGAUGUCGACAAUUUCUGGCCGCUCUGGCUGGGCGGCGAAGCCGGGCUGGCCGAGACGAGAGUGUUCACGUUUGGAUACAAUGCCCAUUUUGCGCACCAGGACACGACGUUGAGCAUCCUGGAUUUCGCAAAGGAUCUCCUGUUCAGGGCUAAGAUGCACCAAGAUAGAGCGAAUGAGAAUAGCAGGCUGAUUGGCGAGAAUCCGCUCGUUUUCGUGGCCCAUUCGAUGGGUGGCCUCGUUGUCAAAAAGGCGUAUAUAUUGGGGAGGACUGAUGACCAAUAUUCCGAAAUGAUUUCCCAAACAUACGGAAUAGUGUUUUUGGGAACCCCCCAUGGAGGAUCAAGCUUUGCAUCGACACUGAAGAAUAUCAUUCGAGCAACUCCGACUAUUGGAUCAAAAGUCUAUGUGAACGAACUCGAGAAGGGGUCGGCGGCCCUGGGCGAUAUCAAUGAACAAUUCCGGACUGUCUGUGGUGAUCUGGAUUUGGUUUCGUUCUAUGAAACUCUCAAGACUACUAUUUCUCCUGGAGUGAAAAUAAUGAUAGUUGAAAAGGAAUCAGCAAUUCUUGGAUACCCUACAGAAACUUCGGCACCGCUCUAUGCUGAUCAUCAUGGCAUCAUAAAAUUCCCAGACCCUGACGAUGGGAAUUAUCGUGAUGUCCGAAACGUUCUGCGGAUGUUUGUGCACAGGAUUAAGCAGCUGCCGAUUUGGAGGUUAUUCGACAGCGAGUCCAGCCAGGCUCUUGCUGUUGGAUCCUUGAAAAAAAAAGAAUUCAAGCGCUGGACUGAGGAUAACAGCCCCGGUCUAUCCAUUCUGUGGUUAACGGGUUUACCAGCAACCGGGAAAACAACUUUGUCCAGUUUCAUCAUUGACUAUCUCAGCCAAGGCCUCUUUCCUGCAUCCUGCCAAUAUCACUUUUUCCAGGCAGAGCAACAUGAUACUCGCACCCCCUCUUACUUUCUCCGGUCAAUCGCAUUUCAAAUUGCAGAAGUAUACGAUGAGUUUCGCUCUCGGCUUCUAGAAAUGAACCGAAGCAGUGGCAUUUUGUUAUCUUCCCAGAAACAUAACGUCAUUUGGGAGAAAAUAUUUGAAGGCCUCCUUUUUCGACUCAAUCUCGGGGAACAGCUGUUUUGGGUAUUGGAUGGCAUAGAUGAGGCUGAAUCCCCAUCAACACUUGUGACACUUAUUUCUAAGAUCAAUUCUGCGACACCAAUUAAAGUGAUCCUGGUAUAUCACGAAGAGAUUCAAACUAGUGAUACCAUGGAUGACAUUCGAUCAUAUGUGUCCACCACACUGCAUAGAAUCCUCCCAGAUGACGGGGAGCAGGACUCCAUCAUCCAGAAGGUUUUAUCCAAAGCGUCAGGUUCCUUUCUCUGGGCAAAACUAGCGCUAGAAAGAAUCAAGGAUAACUGGCACACUGACGCUGAUAUUGAAAGAGCACUUGCGGAAAUGCCUGAAGGGAUGGAACAUAUGUAUGAACGAAUGAUUCGGAUUGUUGCUGAUCAGCCUACCCAUCUCAGAAAAAUGGCAACAGAAAUAUUAACAUGGGGUGUAUGCUCCUUUCGACCCCUGGAUAUCGAGGAACUAGCCGUGGCCCUCAAGUCUAAAUUCGGCAGUUUCUAUAACUUGAAGGUUACCAUUAGCCAAAUUUGUGGAAACUUCAUCAUCACAAAAAAGUCAUCUGUGACCUUGAUCCAUCAAACAGCCCAACAGUUUUUAACCUCUAAGGAUGCAAAUCUACCUAUUUCCAUCGACAACAGGAAGGGUCACGAGAGAGUCGCAAGGGUCUGCAUGGACUUUCUCUCCGAUACCAAAUGGCGAACGAGGUUCGCUUCACUCCAACAAACUAGGGACUCAAUCCAACAGGACCCUUACACGGAGUUCCCUUUUCUCUUAUACUCUGUGAAGUAUUGGGCCUAUCAUGUAAGCUGUGCUUCUGCGGAGUCUGAGGAACUACACGCCGCCGUUUUUGACUUCCUAGAGCGAUUUUGUCUAAUGUGGAUCAAUGCCGUCGCUUUAACUGGUGACCUUCAAAUUAUCACUCGCUCUGCUCAACAGCUCAAGUCAUAUGCAAAGAGGACAAUAAACCGCCGCGUUGAGUCUCCCCCGACCAGCUUCAAAUCAUGUCGGGACCAGGAGUUAAUCCAGUGGGCUAAUGACCUUAUUCGUUUGGUUGGACGAUUUGGGUCUUAUCUUGUCGAAAGCCCAUCAGCUAUCUACAAAUACAUCAUCCCAUUCUGCCCGAGCGAGACAAUGCUAAGUCAGACGUUCCAACACUUGAUGCGUGGAUCUAUGAACGUAAAGGGCAUCUCAUCUGGCAACUGGGAUGACUGCCUAGCACGAUUAAUCAUGGGUGGAGACGAAACUGCGUCUGCUGUCGUUUGCAAGGACAAUUACUUCAUAACGCUGCUUGAGGGUAGUGGAACUCUAGUGAUAUGGAUCGCUGAGACCUGUAUGGAAUAUAAUAAACUACACCAUAACGAGUGGGUGAGCUGUAUCAAGGCAGCUAAAAUUCGAAACAUAAUAGCAUCUGCGGGAAUUGAAACCAUCCGGGUAUGGGAUAUUGGACUAGGGAAUGAGAUACUCAAAAUCCCGAAGUCUCACGAGGGCCGUGUAAUGGCUUUGGCAUUCAGUUCAAAUGACAACGAAUUGUUGGUUGCAUAUGACGACUGCACAAUCCAAUGCAUUGGCUUAGAGACUUCACAGGAACUAUGGUGUUUCGAAGCCUACGAUACAUCAAGGCUAGAACAUAGUUGCCCCCGAUUUAUGGUGUUUAGUAAUGAUUCUAAGAGAAUUGCCAUUGCGUAUCGGGGCCGGCCCGUAUUCAUCUGGCACAUCAGUCGUCGAAAGCAACGCCCGCUUCGGUGUAUUCGGCAAGACGAUAUCUAUAAGAACGAUGAGGAUGUAUGGAAUUCGCCUGAGGCGGUUAUUUGGCAGCCCGACUCCGCCAAUGUUCUGAUAUUAUACCAGGAUACCAAACUCGUGGACUGGAAUAUCGACGAUGAUACCCAGACGGAGCAUGCUCACAUAGGGGCGCGGGAAAUGGCAGUUAGCUCAGAUGGGAAUUUACUCCUCACUAGCGACUUCAGUGGAAGUCUAAGUGUCUGGUCUACAGGCCAAUUCAGACUCAUCUAUCAAAUGAAAUAUGAUGAGUUCGUUCAGGACAUUGCCUUUGCGCCGGAUGCUCAACGUUUCUAUGACAUUCGCGGUACUCUAUGCAACGUCUGGGAGCCUGCUGCUUUGGUGCGGCCUGAUGAUCUGAAUCGAGAGGAUAUGAGCUCCCAUGAUACCCUCUAUUCGGAUCCCGUUGUUUCUUCGGACGACAACAGCCGAGUGCAGAUCUCGGCCUUGGUCUCUAGUGAGAAGACUCUCUAUCAUUGCUCUGGAAAGGAAGACGGGAGCGUCGUGAUUUAUGAAACUCAGACUUCUAAACGACUUCGCAAACUAUACGGGCACUCAGACAUAUCGUCGGUUGUUAGCAUGGCCUGGUCACCUUCCCAGAAAUACAUUGCUUCUGCCGACGAUUCAGGCCGUGUCAUUGCAAAGCGGUUGGGAAAGCCGACAGCCCAGGCACCGCAGAAAUGGGCGGUAUACCCAUUGCUUGAUCUCUAUCUGGAGGUGGCUGUAACGCAACUGCUCUUCAGCGCGUCUGAGGAGUUUUUACUUAUUUCGAGCUCUGCAAUGGAUGCACUCUGGAGCACUAAAUCAAAGUCGAAAAUUUUAGAGCUCGAGCACAAGGAUCGAAGCAAUGGAAGACGAUGGAUUCGUCAUCCAAAAGACGCAAAACUUUUGAUCUGCAUUCAAGGGAAUAGACAAGAGAUUUACACUUGGAGUACACUGACCAGGGUCACACCUCCUAGCUCUCCCAAAGAGCGCGUCUCUCUCAAGGGCAAGGUUACUGAAGGCCUUGCCGAGGUUAUGGACAAUGUCAGUAUCAGAGACACUUUCGAAGACGCAAGAGAUGUGUUUCCCUCAAUGAAUACUCUCUUCGAGGCUCCAGACCAUGUUUUUCAAAUCAAAGAUCGCUACAUUGUCGUCGGAUGUACAGUCUAUCGUGGAUCUGGCGACGACUCCAGGCUUUAUCCAACUUCGUCGAGACGAGUCGAGAUUAUUGAUACAACUGAUGCGCAGUUGCGAAGAAAACAUCUGGUCCGGCUUUCAGCCCAUGUCAGCAGAUUGGUGGGUAUAUUUCAGGGUCGACUUGUCUUCCUUAACCACCAAUAUUGGCUAUGUACAUGGGAAUUGGGCAGUGAUGAGGAUUCCUAUCGAAAACAUUUUUUCCUGCCCAAGGACUGGCUGCUCCCUGGGGCGUUGCAAUUAGUCGUCAUUGAUAGCUUUGGAAAUUUACUGUGCCCGAAGAAUGGUGAGGUAGCUGUUAUCAAUUCAGGUAUUAGGUUGUGA